AUGGAGCCGGGGCUGAGCCCCGGGGCUGCCGGACUGAGGCGAGGCCGAGCGGGGCCGGACGCCCGCAGCCCCCCCAAACUCUGUGCCUUAUGCCCACAAUUUCCCACCCAGCCCCAGAACCGCCCCCAGUACCACAACCACCCCAGCUGCCCCCAGCCACACAACUGUGCCCCAGCCCCACAGUUGCCCCUCCAGACCCAGCCGGGGGCGGGGCAUGCAGCGGGAGCGGUGGCGCGCGCCAUGGGGCAGGAGGAGCCCGACCUGUACCGGGACACGUGGGUCCGAUACCUGGGUUAUGCCAACGAGGUGGGCGAGUCCUUCCGCCCACUGGUGCCAGUGCCGGUGGUGUGGGCCAGCUACGGCGUGGCCACCGCCUACGUGACCGCCGAUGCCAUCGACAAGGGUCGCAAAGCUGCCGCCGCCCACCCGCAGGACCCCACGCGCGUGGGGGUGGCCGUGGUGGACACCUUCGUGUGGCAGAGCCUGGCCUCGGUGGCCAUCCCCGGCUUCACCAUCAACCGGCUCUGCGCCGCCUCGCUGGCCCUGCUGGGGGCCCUGACCCGCUGGCCCCUGCCCGUGCGCCGCUGGACCACCACGGCCCUGGGGCUGGCUGCCAUCCCCCUCAUCAUCACCCCCAUCGACAGGACUGUGGAUUUCCUGAUGGAUUCCAGCCUCCGCAAGCUUUACAGGGCACCAGGAGAGCCCCCGACGUCCCACUGAGCACCACCCCACACACUCUGGGGAAACUGAGGCAUGCUGCUGUGACCCACCUACUGUGACCCCUCACUCUGGUGACCCCCAGAGUGGCCACCCUGCCCCACACUGGUCCUAAUAAACUAUUUCAAACAUGA